AUGACGUCGAUUGGGCCAUCGAUUGGGGAGGAGGACGAUGACCGCGAUCUUGCGGGAUCGCAGGAUGGCAGCUCUGAUAACGAAAUGGACGAUACAAUGAGAGAUGCGGAGGAUGGAGACGGGGACAAUGAGCCAGACGUGGACGCCGACGGCGAGGGAGACGCGGACAGCCCAUCGAACUCCAGCCAGAUCUCGGAAGGUGCAGGGGGCGCUUCUUCUCAACAGAAUGAAGAUGUCACUAUGGCCUCUCCUAGCGCGUUGAACAACGCGUCUGACUUCUUAUCGGCCUUUCAUCCGAAAGUGCGCCCCGAGUGCCUCACGGCUGCGAGCUACGAUAUUGUUCCGACAACCGCUGCCCCUCACAGUACUUCUAUCAACGCAAUUACGGCGACAGCAGAUAUGAGAUGGGUGUUCAGUGGUGGAACGGAUGGCUAUGUUCGAAAAUUCAACUGGGUGGAAUCUAUCAACAGCAAAUUGAUGCUGACCGUGGCGCAACGGCAUCCUUUCGUCGAUAGUGUCAUGAAAGCGGGCGUUGUUAUGACAUACUGGGAGAACAUGGAUGGUAACACGAUAUCUCCUGUCUACUCUCUGGCCUCGCAUAGCGAAGGCUUGUGGUUGCUCUCGGGGUUGGAGUCCGGGAGUAUCCGCCUGCAGUCGGUUCGCCAUGAUGAAGGGAAAGAGAUCGCUUUGUUGCAAAAACAUACAUCGGCAGUAUCAGUCCUGACCCUCUCAUCAGACGAGAAAUCGCUACUCUCCGGGAGCUGGGACAAAAGGAUCUAUGACUGGGACUUGAAUACAGGACAAUCCCGGCGGCUAUUUGGAUCCAGUGCGCGCCAAAUUUCUGCAAUUGAGACCCGGCCCGAGUCCGCUUUGCCUGUACCUGCAGAUAGCCUGGAGCCUGUGCAGAAAAACGGGACUUACUCGUCCAACAAUCAUACUGCUUCCCAUGAUGACUUCAGUUUUGUGCAGGAUGAAAAGGAGAACGUUUUCGGCGCCCAGCAACAGGGAUCACCUACAGAUUCGCUCUUUGGGGGCAAUGAUGACUCUCUGUUUGGAGAGGACGAAGGUAAUAAUGGCGCCGCAAGCGGAGGACUGGGAGAUGCAUUUGGCGUGGACGAAGAUGACGAAUUCGGCAAAGCUCUCGCAAAUGGGAACAUACUUCCCGAGCCACCGUCCCAGAAUGAAGCAUCUGAUCUGAUGGGCCAAAACCAUGGGAUGGCUGAAUCGACCACAAACACCUCCAGCACAACAACAAAUCUGAAUGGGUUCACUGAAAAACCGAUCAAAACCGAACCGCAGCUGCCAAACGGGACGUCAGAACCGGCGUUGAACGGCCUCCCCCACGCCGAAGAAGUCGAGCCAGCUACCUCUCAGACCCAGCCUCUCACACAGUCCGUACAGGAAGAAUCCAACAUCGUUUCCGACAGCACAUUCCUCGCUGCAUCGAUCGAUGGCACGAUCCGAGUAUGGGACCGCCGGCAACCGGAUCCUGUAGCCCGUAUCAUCCCCCGCAAUGUCCCUCCGUGGUGUAUGAAUGCCUGCUGGUCCCCAGACGGAAACUUCAUCUACGCAGGUCGCCGUAACGGCGCCGUCGAAGAAUACAGUCUUCACAAGGGGUUGCGCGAACCGGUGCGCACGUUCAAAUUUCCGCAGGGUAGCGGACCGGUCACAGCUCUCAAAGCGAUGCCAAACGGACGGCAUAUUGUCUGUGCCUCACACGAUAUUCUCCGUCUCUACGACCUACGCCAUGAGCAGACCUCGCGGCACUCGACGGUCCCCUUCCUCAUCAUCCCGGGACACCGCACUGGAACUAUCUCGCAGCUGUACAUCGACCAGGCUUGCCGAUUCAUGGUUUCGACGAGCGGCAAUCGAGGCUGGGAGGGAAACACCACAGAGGUGCUACUCGGCUAUGAGAUUGGCGUUCCGCAGUAG